AUGCGAAUUCUAUAUCCAACAAGUACACUGAUUUUUGCUUUUCAUACUGCUGGGCGAGGCUUCAAUAUUGUCAAGCCAUUGCCACUAGAAUUAGAAGUACUUUGCAUUUAUCCACCAAUGCGAGUGAAUAUGAACGGGGUUCAAUCAGGAAACUUUAGGACCAGGGAUUCCACAAUUAGAAACCUUGUGGACAAUCUCCCCCGCCAGGUUGGCAAAGGAGGAACUUCAAAUGGACAAGAUGUUGGAAAAGGUUCUAGCUUGCUGGAUGAAUUUGAGGAAAAUGAAAGGAAAGCUCGAAUUAACGCUGCAUGGGAGAAAAUGAAUAGUAGUGUUCCCUUUAAGAUGCCUAAAAUGACCAAAACUCUUACAAAUAAAUGUAGUUCGGCAGCAAAUAAACCAGCACAAAAGCAGACUCCUGGUUGGAUGGUGAAUCUUGGCCUUGCAUCAAAGAAAGCAUCAAUUAAUCAGGGGACAACGGGGAAAGGAUCUGCUGCUGUAGAGAAUGGCACAAGCGAGGAAGCUAAAAGACUAGCUGCGGUUGCUCUUUCUGCUGUUAGAGAUGCGCAGCUGGCUGCAGCUGCUGCUGCAGGGAAAGGGAAAAUUGAAAUUACUGAGGUCCGGGACUUUGCAGGUGAAGAGAUAGAAAUGAAAAAGAUCGUCGAUGCCAACUCAAAAGAGGCAGCAGAGAAAGCUAGGAUUCCUGGAGCCCCUCCUUCUGCCCUAGACUCCAUCUUAGAACAAAUAAAGAAGAAACCAAAACUUAGUGUACUUGACAAGACGAAGAAAGACUGGGGUGAGUUCAAGGAGGAGAACAAAGGGCUCGAAGACGAGCUGGAUGCAUACAAGAAGAGCUCAAAUCAAUAUCUAGACAAAGUUUCCUUCUUGCAGAGAACCGAUAUGAGAGAGUUUGAGCGAGAGCGUGAUGCUCGUUUAGCUUUGCAAGCAAAGAGAAGGACUGAUAUGAGAGAUGAUGACCUAUAACCAUAACUUAGGGGGAAAAUUGAGGAGUUUGGAUUCUAUGUUGUGGUGAUUGCACUUUGGCUUUGGUGUGCAAUAUCCGAAGGUUUGGGAUAACAAUAUUAUGUGGGGUUGUAUUAUUUUUAGGUCGCCUGUAAAAUUAUGCUAGUUAUCAUUCUAUGACGGAGGACUUUUGCAUGCUAACAUUUGGGGAAUCAACUAAUGUUAUUUUUUUAGGUCCUGAAGAAAUGUUUCAUUAGUUUUUGGCAGUCUGAUCUUUAUAGCUGAAUUUUUCUGUAGGAGUGGUGAGGAUUUUGAGAAGUGCCUUUGAGGUUAUCAUUUGUUCA